AAAAAUGCGUUGUGGCUGUCAUCUCGCACAGAUUUGAUUUCAAGGUUUUGCUGUUGACUUAUUACUCGUUGACCAUGGCGGACCGACCGACCCCAUACUCAGUUUCCAUCUGCACUCUGAUUGCCCUGCAAUCGGAUCCAUCGUCUCCUCUUCAUCAAGAGUUCCAUCCCUCGGAGGAAGCCCAGCAAAGCCUGUCGGCAUUUUUGGAAAAUUGUGUCAUGCUGAACAGUAGUAGUCACACCAAUGACAACGCGUUGAUGGUUCAUGCUGUGAGCUUGUCGGAUUUCUUUUUGGAACUCCAAUCUGUAGCGGGAGAUUUGUGUGAAUUGCUGCUGGAUUAUGUCAGCAUGGCGGCUUCUUCGGUGGAUGGGUUGAUGGAAUUGAUGGCAUCCUUGAAGAAUGCCGUGGUGGCGGGGAUUGUGGACAGCGCAUCGGCUCAUGGCGUCUUUUUGCGCAAGGUCUGUUUGGGGUUUGACUUGCUUUCCUUUGAGACCAUGUCGUUGCUAUGGACCGAUAUGCAACGAGAAAUUGUAAUGGCCAAAAAGGAAUUGGAGAGCAGUACGGAUGAUGAGCCAGACACCAACAAUGACACUACUGCACUAGACAUGGGUGCCACUCAUUGGCCUCUGUCCGCCUCGCAGAUUGAACGAGCAUUGAGAAAAGAGUGUUUUCAAAUGCUGGAAAAUUCUAGACACGACAAGAAGAAGAGCAAUAUGGUGGAAAAGAACAUGUCCUUUGAAGAAAUGGAAAUGAAUCUGCAGCGUGUCUUGGCGAGUGACCCAGAAUUGCCAUCGGCACACUUUUUGAGAUUCCUAAACUGUAUCAAACACGGAGAACGGGUCGGAGCCAUGGACUCGUUACACCGGUACUUUGACUAUGCAAUUAUUCAGGGGAAACGCGAGGGAGAUAUUUUGGAAUUUGCAGCCAUUUUGUUGGCAUCGUCCCACAACUCCUUUGGAGACACGGCCAUGUCCAAACUGGCCACGGAGGAAGCUGUUCGUGUGGCACAGCAAAGUAUGGACGCUUCUUGUGUGGCAUUUGCUCUGGGAUGGAUCUUUUCGACAGAAACCUCAUCUGCCUCAAACAACCAAGCAGGAGAUCUGUUGCAGCGGUGUGCCACUCGAGCCUUGGAAGGACAAAUAUGGCCACUCGCUGCCGGAGCCAAUUUGACCAAAACCAGAUACCAAAUGUCGGGUACCUUAGCAGAGCCUGAGCAUCCGCGAGGAUCUCUCAUUGGUAGCAACAACAGCAACAACAAUAGAGGUUUUGCCGAAACGGCUUGGAACAGCCUUGCGGAUGCUUCCAGUCACCUCGAUGCUGCCAACGAUGGAGCUACUGUCGAUCGACCCACUCAUGUGACAGAGGCAUCGAGCAACAGAGAUGUCAUGAAUACUCUGGCACGACAAAAACUAGUGUCCGCGGGUGUGUGGGACUACUGUGGGCAAACACAUCUUUCGGGCUUGUCAUCCUUUGUUGCAUUGUAUUGUCAUGCUGAUCAGCAGAUCAUGUCGCAUGAUCUUGUCAACGCGGUCCAAAACCUUGCCCGUGUUAGUCUGUUUGGUUCUCCCCCCUCUGCCCUCAUCACCAACGAGUUCAACGGAAAAGUAUUGGAAGACAUCAUGCGUGCUCCACCAGCAUCCAGUGACUCGAAGGAUUGUGCGGAGGAACGUUGCGUGUACGCCAAGGCACUCACCAAAUUGAUAUCCUGCUGGAAGCAAUUCAAUCUACCAGUGGAUGGAGCAUUUCUCCUGUCGGUGACCAUGGUCCUUCAUGAAUGGGCAGUGCGACGAGGAGAGCUCCAACAAGCCCAAAUGUUUAACUCGGCCUUGCAAGGUUUCCUCCAACCCAGACUCCAUAAUUAUUCGGAGGUCACGAUUGAUGUCAUGUCGGUCAAGAGUCUCAUGCUAAGUCGCCAGCAAAAGUGGGGUGAAGCCAGGGAGCUCUUGGCUUCCCUGAUCCAAACCGCAAAAGAGGAGAGGCUCAAGCCACAUCAAGCCGCUCUGUUACUGCAACUGUCAUUGGUGCAUUUGGAUGAGAAUCCACGCCAGAGCACGUUGGCUUUGCCUCCAUUGUUGGAAUGCCUGUCGAUGACACACCAAGAUAAAAUGGAUGGCUUGCAUUCGUCAGCUUUGUCCAUCUUGGCCCAGGUACACUUUCGCAUGAGGAAUUCAACCCGUGCUAUUGCUCUUCUCAAAGCUGUCUUGCCGUCCAUGCUACAAACGGAGCAUGUCUGGUACCUUGGGGAAGCAUUCUUGACCCUGUCAAAGUGUCGCUUGCAACUGGCUGGAGUAUUUGACAAACAAGAUGGAGCGGUGGUUGCAGCUCAUUCCAACAAACUGUCAUCUAUGCGCCUGUUUCGGUCGGUGGUACGUGACUUGACGAACAGUCAGCGGCAUUUCGAGGCGUGUCAUGAUCUGUCGAGACUGCAAGAAGUGUUUUACUUGCAAGCUCGAGUGUUGGAUCAGCUGCCAGGGGAACAUCAGAACAGAGAUGUGGCCGCCCAAGGGUUUUUGGAUGUCUCUCAGCAUUUGGCAGCAGCAGACAAACCACUUGCUGGUGACAGUGGCGUUAUCGGGUGUCUCUCAUGUAUUGAUACCCUGGAAAAAAUGGCCAGUCGACCUCUGCCAACACGCACGCCAAAGUAAUCGUAACGAAUGGUGUUGCAGCUAGUUGGCUCCUGAAACUAGAAUACAUAGCCAAAGCUGGGUGACCGCUUCUAGCUAGCUAGUACUUCAGAAUAAGCGCGAGAACGACAUCUAUCGUGGCAUGAACAACUUAGUUUUUGUUUUCAACGUGAUAGCUAGCUAGUUCAUACGAAAAAUCAAACAACAGCAGAGAUAGUUGUAGGUUCGGCCA